AUGAUGACGAUGAUGCCCGGUCUGGUGACCGUGUACUCGAACCUGGUGCAUCCCGCGGCUGCGCUUCACUCCCCCUCGCCGCCCGCUUCGCACGCGCACUCGGAGUUCCGGGCGCGCUCCGGGUUCCUGGUGGAGGACCUGUUGCGCAUCAGCUCUUCUUCUGCUUCCCCUGUUUCCUCCACCAUCACUCUGUCCGAGCCGCCCAUGGCUGGAUUUUCUUCUCCAAAAACUCCGAGCAAAGAGCAGACAAACCUCAAAUUCGGUGUUAAUGCCAUCCUGGCGCACACACCCAGAAAGCUGUCAGUUCCUCGUCCUGUUCCUGAAGUUCACCCUAAAGCCCUGACUGUUCCAUAUUUCGAUGGAUCCUUCUAUCCGUUCCUUCGCUCGUCUUACUUCCCCGGUUCAUCCUCCGUGGUCCCUGUUCCUGGGACGUUCUCAUGGCCGUUGGCCUCCAGAGGGAAACCGAGGAGAGGGAUGCUGCGCAGGGCUGUGUUCUCCGACGUGCAGCGGAAAGCUCUGGAGAAAAUGUUCCUAAAACAAAAGUACAUCAGCAAACCAGACCGCAAAAAACUCGCCACCAAACUGGGCCUUAAAGAUUCUCAGGUGAAGAUCUGGUUUCAGAACCGCCGGAUGAAGUGGAGGAACUCUAAGGAACGCGAGCUGCUGUCAUCUGGAGGCUGCAGGGAGCAGACGCUGCCCACACGGACCAACCCUCAUCCUGACCUGAGUGACGUGCGGGAUAAACCAUCAUGCCAUGGGGAGGGGGAUGAGGAGGAUGGAGUGAGGAGCGUACACACUACACACUCGUACCCUUCACCGAAGUCUGAGUGCUCACACCGUACCAUGUCCUCACCAUCGAGCAAACACUCAGACUCUUCUGACUCGGAGGACGAGAUCAUGGUUUCAUAACCUUUAUUAAAAAUACUGUGUGUGUGUUUGUGUAGGAUCUCGUUAUCAGCACAUGCAUGGUUUAACGUUCUUGCUGUGUUGCACAGCGGUUUAGGAACUGUACAGUAUUUUGUACAAAUAUUUUUGUAUGGAUAUUUUAUACCAACAAUGUUGAGUUACAUACACUUAUAUUUCACAUAGAUAUUUUUAU